CUGUCUCUCUGCGUCUCUGCCAGUAUGAGAGGGGAGCAAGCGUGCAGGGCUGGCUGCACAGAGAGUGUCCAGCAAUGACACAGUGACCCGUGGUGUGGGAUUGCUGAUGGGCCUCAGGUGCUGUGUGUGUACAGGAGCAGUGAUUUAAGAAGUAGGGUGCUGAGCUCGUUGGAGAGCUGUGGAAAUGGGUCUGAACUCACGUCCUACCUAUCUCGUUGCCCUAUGGACCAGCCACCUGUUUCUCCUGACAGCUGGGCACUCAAGGGUGAAUCCUAGAAUUAUUACAGCUCCAAAAGGGGAGAGACGCUUUCUGCUGGACAAGCAUGAGACUCUCACAACUCUCUACCAUGAGGAGGGGAAUUCCUCUCUCUUGGUGGGAGCAGAGGGAAAGCUCUACUACUUCGACUUUGAGAGCUCCAGUAACCACGCGGAGGAUUUCCCUGCACAUGAUACAGAAGCCUGCCAAAAACCAGAGGAGAAGAAGAACUACCUGACUUUCAUUGGCAAGUACAACGACAUGCUGUUGUUAUGUGGGACAAAUGCCUGCAAGCCCACCUGCUGGAACUUGGCCGAUCGGAAUAAAGUUGGAGAGGCCGCCCAGGGCUUGGCCCCUUUUGUGCCUAACCAGAACUCCCUGGUCCUUGUUGAUGGCAAAGACAUCUAUUCCACCAUCGGCUUGCACCAGCACAAUGGGAAAAUACCCCGCUUCCGCCAGGUCCGAGGGACUGGGGAGCUCUACACCAGCGACACAGUGAUGCAGAACCCGAAGUUUGUGAAAGCCACUGUCAUCAAGCAAGAUGAGCGCCAUGAUGACAAGAUCUACUAUUUCUUUCAAGAAGACAAUCUGGACAAGAGUCCCGAGGCCCCGUUAAAUGUCUCCAGAGUGGCCCAGCUGUGCAAGGGUGACAAAGGGGGCACCAGCUCCCUCUCUGCUUCCAAGUGGACAACUUUCCUGAAGGCCACACUGGUCUGUGUCAACCCGGCCACCAAGGGCAACUUCGACUUGCUGCAAGAUGUCUUCAUUGUCCCGUCAGACAAGAACUGGAGGGAAACCAGAGUGUAUGGACUCUUCUCCAACUCCUGGGGGUACUCUGCCGUUUGUGUCUACACCAUCGGUGACAUUGACACUGUGUUCCGGACAUCGAAACUCAAAGGCUACACUAAGGACAUGCCCCACAUCCGUCCUGGACAGUGCCCUUGGGGCAGAAAUCAUACCCCUCCCGAGACUUUCAAAAUAGCUGACCUCCACCCGGCAGUGGAGGAAAAGGUGCAGCCUGUUGCCCCAAGGAAUAGUCCCCUAUUCCACAACAAGAAUCGCUACCAGAAAAUCGGGGUGCAUCGCAUCCAGGCAAGGGACGGACACACCUACAACGUCCUCUAUUUGGUGACAGACAAAGGGUAUAUCCACAAAAUAGUGGAGAUGCCGCACGGCGUCCUGAACAUCCUGGAGAUCCAGCCCUUUCAACAGCCAGCUCCCAUCCUGGCCAUGACCCUGGAUCAUAGAAGGGCAAAGCUCUAUGUGAGCUCGCCGAGCGAGGUGGUCCAGUUGCCCAUGGACAUGUGCGAGGUAUAUCACAGGAGCUGCGAGAGCUGCGUCAUGGCAAAGGAUCCCUACUGCGGCUGGGCAGAUGGGAAAUGCGUCUCCGUUAAAGCUAACCUGACAAUGCUACAGAACUUGACCUUGGAGUCCUCACCGGAAAUAUGUCCCCAUUCCAGCUUCAAACAGCAGGAAGAUAGCCUGGAGAGCUACCGGAAUGUCACUGUGGCGCUCUUCUCCCGCUAUUUCCUGUACUGCCCCACCGAAUCCCAUGCCGCCACCUACAAGUGGCAUCACAAUGGCAGCUGCAUCCAGAACUGCUCCACCCACUGGCCCUGCUUCCACUUCAUCGAGAACGUGACCCACGACCGCUACGGGCGCUACACCUGCAUCUCAGAGGAGAACGGUUUCUCCCAAACCCUCGUGAGGGAAUGGCUGCUGAAGCAACCUAAGCCCUCCCAGACUUUGAGGUGGAAGAGCCAGGCUGCGGCCACCUCCCCUUCCUUCUGGCUGGGCUUCCUGCAGAUGAUGGCUCUUGCCCUGCUGUUCCAGUGAAGGGGUGGGGUGGUGUCCAUGCCCAUGGGCCAGGACUCACCAUCUGAGCUACUGUUGAUACUCUUCACCUUCUUACCAGCACCUCCGAAAGGAAGGGAUAGCCCCAUCCCAAUGGCUGCUCUCUGGACAUUCAUCUUUGUGCAUCUCGGCCCCCUCUUAGCUUCGUAAGUGGCAUCCCUUCCACUCCAAGCAGAUGGAUUCCAUCCCCCACAUGUCCAUACCCAUCGAUUCCAUCAUGGCAGCUUCAUGCCGGAAGGUGUUUUAGGGACACUGAAUGGAGGGGAUGAAACCAGCCCAGAUCCCUCUCCUGAUUCCAUGCAGCACAGGAGCUGAGGCUACCAAAGAGAGGGGGCAGGACUGGACUGAAGCUAAUGCCACCAAAGAGAGUAACGCAGGGGGCUGAUCUGACUGUGUCUAGCGCAUAGGCGUCGACUCUGUGGGUGCUCCAGUGCUCCGGGGAAGGA